UCGGAGAUAAUUUAUCACUAUCUUAUCACAAGAUGAAAUUAUGGUAAAUAAUAGGUGGCAGUUACAGUGCAGUGCGUGUUUAGUCGUGCGGGCGGAGGCUGCAUUGUUAAAUUGCAAACAACCUUAUCGGAAAAGCAAUAGUGAACACGCGUAAUGAAAUAACAAAAUGGCGAAAUAUCUGAAAUCCCUAUUUACCCCAAGCGAGAAGAAAUCUCGAACGAUUGUUUAUGAAGGGGAUUUGGAAGAUGGUGAACCCCCCAUGGAUAGCCGGCGGAAACUGUCUAUCUCCAGGUCUGGGAGGCUCAAACAGGCCAACAAGAAGAGGCAUUCCUUGAGCAAGGAUCUUUAUGGAGAGAACUACACACCAGCAGAAAGGCCAAAGACGAUGGAAUACCACGUGAACCAACCAGUUAAACCUGACAUCACAAUCGACAGUAAUCGAAGAUGGAGCGCCGACGCCAAAGUGGCGGAACCGACGGACGAAAAAUCUACUAAUUUAAACCCUACAGUAGUAGACAGAAGACCUAGUACUGAUGCUAGAGUAUUAGAAACAGAAAUAGAUAAUGCUUUCGAAGCCAUCGACAAAACAUAGCAAAUAUAGAUCGGCAAGUUUGUAGGUUUGCUUUCCUGAGGUAAGAUCAUUGAUUUUAGUCGUUUUAAUAAUUUACGACGGAAAAUUAAGUUACGGCCAAGUUUCGACUGUAAUUUAUCGACAGUCUAUUAGAACACUAAUUGCUUAGAAAUAACAUGCCUUCAACUAAGAUUGUUUGAAAAGUAAACCAUGAUUUAGACAAUAAACUUAACUCGGGAAAUCAUACGCGAGCAACUUGCCAUCCUGAAUUCAUUUCUCAUCUCUAACUCUUGUUAAGGCCAUGACCAUUUGUUAAGUUUAGUUGUUAUUAAUCAUUGAAUGAAAUAAGUGCUUCGAUAUAAUUGUAUUGAAAUGAAGUUGAAUAGAAAAGUAGCAAAAUUACACAUUGGAAAUUCCUCAUACUGGCUACACAAAGUGGGGCGGAAGCCGAUAAGAAAUUAUCUUUUUUAUUUAGCUUAUUUUGUAACAACUGACUUUAAACUUUCGCGUUGCUUCAUACUAUUCAAAAAUAAUACAAGUAUUAAACGCGCACCUUACCGGUUUUCAUUAACUCUGUGAUGAACAUUAUUCAAAACGUUCGACAUAAAAUAAUAGAACGAUACGUGCGCGUUAAUGCUAUUAUGUAGUAUUUUGUCACACUCCAGGUUUUUUUCUAGGUAUAGUUUCUUAUCGUUAUAAUGUAAAACAAUUACCUAGAGAGCUUAGAAUGUAACCGGGAAUAACAUAAUAUGUACCAAAUUUCAUCAAAAUAUGUCCAGUAGAUUUUUCGUGAAAGAGUAAAAUUUUCCGUGAAGGAGUAACAAACAUACUCUACUAAAUUUCUGGAAUACUUGUCAAUGUGACGUCGCAACUGGUCGCAAUGGUUGGGGCAGAAAACUGGAUGCGAUGCAAGACUCAAGUAUAAUAAGCCAUCUUUAUUAUGUGAUACUGUUUCCGUUUUACAGCUAGCCAUUAUCCACUAACUUCGUCAUUUUAGUCUCCGCAUAGUUAAGAUAGACAAGUAGCACGUGGGGACUAAAGUUAAUCAAGUAAAUUAUCAAAGUAAAAAAGUAAAUCAAUAAAGUAAGGGGUAAUCUUCGGAAAUACGGAACCGAUCAGGAAAAUUCUUUCUCAUCGUUCUUUGAAAAGAAAGAUUAUACACAACUCUAAUAAUACCCUAUAAUGCGUAUUAUAGGGUUGCGUUUCAAAUUUUAUCAAUAAGGAAAUCAGAGGUAUAACAAUGUCAAUUCAUUACUUUAUUUUAAUCUUGUAUAGAUUUUUAUCUCGAACUUCUGCAAAUGUGUGAAAAAUUAAAUUGGAUUUAAAUAUUUUUAUCGCGUCUAACACUAAAUAAUCUAUAUUGCAACCGCAAUAACAUCAUUAAUCAGUCAGAUAGUUAAUAUAAAUGCAUUGUUUAUCGACAAAUUAUCGGUUGUAAAAAGUAUGUUUCAGUCAGCUUCGCAAAAAAAAAUUGGACACAAAUUGAAGUGUAUAAAAGAGGAUAUUAUUUCCACUAUAUUGUUUUCUUUUAUUACCUAUAGCUAAACUACUUUUAUAACUCAUGAUUAUAUACAAUAGAAUCUAGGACGUGUCGGUUAAAAUUAAGGCUUCAUAAUGUUGUAAUUCAUUUUAUCAAUCAUGGCGACUCACUAAAUGUAAGCUAAUUAAUUGUUUUUUUGAUAACUCAAAAAUAUACAGACUGAUUAUGUUUAA